AUGGCAUUGUUUGUUAUCGUUGUCUUCGAGGCAGUCCCGCCCAAAGUUCGGCAAACUUGUCAAGAGACCUUUGGGAUGCACGCACGAUGGCAUCGUCUUUUUCGGUGGUUGCUUAUGAUCCAUCGCAUGCUCUACUGCUACCACAGGGGCAUUAAACUGGCGCAGUCUGAUGUUCAGAAACACGAGAAACGCAGCCUAGUGUUUCCCAUUUCUUACGCUGCAAUAAACACCGUACGGAGAAUCCAGCGUGUGUAUUCCGAUCAGGGCAUCAAAAGGUCGACUGUCGAUUGCGCCGCCUAUCUGCUUCAGUCCAAAGUGAAACCCUCCCGACCCUCUCUGCUGGGUGGCCCUUGUCCGGCCGAAUCCCAACCUUUGGGGGAGAGCCAGCCCUCAGAGGCUCAGCCAACCGAAGAUGGGGGAAGAGGAGAGGAAGACAACGGACGGGACUGCUGCAACGCACCACCCGCCCACUCUCUCUUUUUCUCUUUCCCCAUCUCCUUCGCUUCUUCCCACCUCACACACCAACCAAGGUCGGUCCACGGUACCACCAGCGGUCUGGAGUCUGCACAUCUGCACGGCGGCAGCAAGACAAAUGGAUUAGGUAUCGAGGCUUCGGUCGAGCAUCUAGUGGAGGGUCAAGCAUCCAGCUGCGGAUACGUACCUUCCAGCGUGGGAUUACCAGCCACGGACGACCCAAACAAUGUCGCCGGCUGCUCACACUUGCCAGAGACAUUGCCCAAGGCCCCAAAGAUCCUCCACUCUCAUUGGGAGGUUAGAGCCCCGGGAUGCAUGACGGACAACGAGGCAGUGGCCCUCUGCUCUCCCGCUGCUGUAGAGAAGGCAAGGGCUGUGAGCCAAAAUGACCAUGGGCCCUUGACCUUCUGGCCUGGAUUCGGAAACGUGGCGGCUGGCACGCUUGGAGGCGAAUCAAGCGACAGACCGCACCCCGAAUGUCACUUUUGUGGACCUGACAAAUUAGGCACCAAGCUGCAGCCCACCUGCCGUGGAAGCUACCACGCUUCUCACCUUCCAUCUCUCACACAGGGCACACCGCAACUGCCCACCUCACACACCAGAGCAGGGAAGGCAGCAUCUUGGGUACGUACUUGGGCAGUCAGCACCUUCAAGGUUCUCUUUGCCUUCCAUCUUGAUGACCAACUUUUCCAUAAGGCGGACAGUCCCUUCCCCAUCACUAACAGCGGGGCAACCGUUUGCCAGUCCGUAACUGACCGAUCUCACCUCCCCACGCCGACGUUUACGCAGAUCUCAGCAGAGGUCUCUCGCCCCAUAUCGUCACUCGUCACUCUCUGCCCCUCCCCCUCCUUCACCCCAGCAUCAUCCCACGUCUUGACUCUUGGCUUCAGUCAUUCAGCAACUCCCCGGUGCCGUGCAUGCGUACGGAGCAUCCGUACGGAUAUCCUGCUCAUGAUCCGUCAGAUCUUGCGACUGCCGGCCGAUGGACUGCUGCUGCUGCGGAGGCGCCAGGUCGAGAUUAAGACCAACUCUCGACUGGGACCAUACGUUCCACACCUUCUAUCCGUACGGCGAAAGCGUGGGAUUUGCUGUGGUACCCGCCCGACCUUGCACCAGCACUGCAUGAAGUGGACGGGCCUCCUGCGCGACCACGCCAGCAGCGCCCCUGGGCCAGACCCUGGAACAAAUGUGUCUCUCAAGUCCCUGGUCUCUGGCUCUCUGCUCCCCGGUUGUGGCACAAAGGCAGAAGCGCUGAAGGCUGAAGCCGGCAUUGACAAGUCGCCCCUGCUGCGGAGGCCAAUCUGCCAGUCCAGUGGAGUCCGUCACCUCGACAGUCAGCCCGGUCAACCAGUCAGUCACCCAGUCCUCCGAUCAACCGUCAUCCCGUCCGCUCGCUCUCUUGCCUUUGGCAGCGCCACGACAGUCACAGCACCGGUACGGAUACAUGGCCAGGGCUCAUCUCAACAAUGUAACGGGCAUUUGUUCCGUUUGCCUACCGUUUCCAUGCCAUCCAAUCGUGCCGGUCACCUAAUGUCCCGCGCAAUGGAACUGAGGACUGCUAUUUUGGUCGCCCAGUCGGCUCUCUACGCUACGGAUACUGGUUGGAUGCUUGCACGCUGUGCAGAGAGGCCAGAGCUGGACGACUGCAGCAGACGUAGGAGCGGCAUCCCCUCCUUUAUCCAGGACUGGUUCCAUAUCGGGACAGGAUUGACACUCAACCUCGAUGUCCUUCUGCCGGGCUCUUGUUUUUCUUCCGAACGAGCUCACAGCACAAUGCCUGCAGCAACUUCGACCUUCGCUGUCACACAGUUCCUGUUGACCCAUCCAAUCCACGCUCGAUGCUCUACACCUACCAACGCCGAAGCUCCUCUGGAAGGAAGGAUUCGAUGGCCGGUUGGACAACCUUCUUCUGUUACUCUUGGUCUCCAGCCUCUGGACCAACCUUCCAGCCUCACCAGCUGUGCCAUCACCAAUCAGUCCCCCGCUAGCUUCCAAACCCUACCAUAUCAACGCCCGCGUGAAACCAAAAGAUCUAGCAGCCAUGGGAAAGGCAAGGGAGGACACACGGACGGUAGACCAACAACAAGGUUGAGGGGGGCAUGGGAAGACAUGGAAAAGCCCCUUCUUCACUGCCACACCGCCAUUUUGGCAUUCAAGGUUGGGCCAGACUCGAUCCAGAUAGGUAGCGGAUUGUGUGCAUCGCUUGCUGCGGCGGCGGAUUAUUCCUCUCGCCUGUCUCACCACCUCACCUCGUUCCCCGGGUUCUACGCCAACCGUCUCAGUGGGGGGACGCUCCGACCACCUCGCCGCCACUCUCUCUCACCGUUCCCAUCUUCCCCUCCCCCUCCUUUGUCCUUUGGGGGGUUGGAGAAGUACGAAGACGAUAGCUGGGAGCUGAAGCUUACCUUGGCUGAGCCACCUCGAUGGACACCAUUAUCUACGGAUACACUAUCGACCUGGCUUGCAACACAUAGGGCUUCCUGCAUCGACGGUAGAGCAUCGAAAAAGCAAAAACAGAGGAGUAGGAAUGCGAACGGUUCGGCGUCGCCAGCGACAGGGCCGGGACAGCACCAUGCCACCUCCAGCACAGCGGUGCCAAUAGUGGUGGGGCAAUCUGCCAAACGGCACAGUGCUUGCUUGGCGGUCUGCUGGUUCAGGGCUAUCAGCAGGUAUAGACGGCAGCGUGAGGUGACUGACUGGCUGGCCUGCUUGCUUGCUUACUUUGGUCGAGGAUGGGCUUUGCUGGCGAGCGAAUCCCGCUCCGCUUCCAUCCGAUGCAUCUCCGGCGCGGAUGCAACAAGACGCAGCAUCUCGCGGCGGUGUCUUGGACUCAAGUGGUUCGCUGUCGGGACUAGACAACAUGCUGCCGCUUCACCUUACCCGGCAGACGUCGAGGGUAAAGACAGGGUCUCCGGGUCCCGAGUGAAUGGCAUUGUUCAGAUUCCCACUAAACAGAAACAGUCGAGGAUCCGCCCCAAGGCCAAGGCUCCAUUCUGUGCCCAUGGGGGAUCGAAGGAGAGAGUUGGCUACUCUGCGACGGAAAAGUAUCAAGCUCUCGGCUCGAUAGUUUUCAAAAGUCUAUCAAGUGACGACGGGAAUCCACCAAGGAAACCGAACACUCACGUGUUGCCUCCUCUACCCGGUCUCCGUGCGGUGACGGGGCUUCCGUCCCACCCCGGCGCAGCACCCGCAAUCCCAUACCCGCGGAUACAAUCCGUCAUCCCGCCCGGACGGUCGCACAAUCAUCCUUACCAGCAAGUGAUUGGCCUGAGAGUUCUGAAUACCUCUCUCCCCAAAGGACCCCCAGGUGGAGAGAGAUACAUAAUGAGGGACGGGUUGCUGGAGAGGCACCUCCCGCAAAUAGGCCUCGGUCUAGGCCUAGGAGCAGCGGCCGCCGCCACCCUCCUCGUCCUCGUCUCCCGAACCACCACCACCACUGCCGCCUCCCCCUCCUACGCAUCCGCCCUCCCGGCCCCGCGUCCGGCGAGGGACAGCCGCAAGACGGCCCGCUCGCCGAAGUGGACGACGACGCGGGACCCGGGCUGCGACGAGCGGUUGCCGUACCCGCCCGACGUGUUCCCCGGCGCGCGGGACGUCACGACGGCGUACGGGAACCUGCGGGUGUACGAGUUUGGGCCGGAGGCGGCGGAGGAGAGAGUCCUUUUGCUGCAUGGUAUCGGGACGCCUUGUCUUGCGUUGGGGGGUAUUGCUGGGGAGUUUGUGGAGAGGGGGUGGAGGGUUAUGACUUUUGACUUCUUCGGCCGCGGCUACUCCGACGCGCCCCUCGACCUCCCCCACGACGCCCGCCUCUACACCACGCAGAUCCUCCUCGCGCUCGCCUCCUCCCCCUCGCCGGGCUGGACCGGCAACGACGCCUUCCACCUGCUGGGGUACUCCCUCGGCGGCGCCGUCGCCGCCGCCUUUUCCUCCACGCACCCGCACCUCGUGCGCUCGCUCAGCCUCGUCGCGCCGGGCGGGCUGGUGCGCAGCGGAGCGCACGUCGGGUGGCGGAGCCGCGUGCUAUACAACGCGGGGUGGAUUCCGGAGUGGGUGAGGAGGUGGGUUGUCGGGCGGAGGUUGAGGCCUGUCAAGGUGGGGGGCGGGGCGGUCGGUGAUGUGCCGGAGAAGGAGACUGUUGAUGAUGACGCGGCGGAGGAGAAGAAGGAGGAGUGGGACGAGCUCAGGCUCGUGGGCGGAGGACGGAUUGGGGAGGUGGUCGGGUGGCAGCUUGCGAGGCACCCUGGGUUCGUGACGAGUUACAUGUCGACGAUCCGGCACGCGCCGAUAUAUGACCGCGGGGACGAGGAGUGGAGGGUUCUGGCGGAGGUGUUGGAGGCGAGGCGGAGCAGCUGUGGUGAUGGUGGUGGUCGGGGAUGGUCGUCGGAGCCCGGGCUGAGAAAGGGGCGGGUGCUCUUCCUGCUCGGCGAGGACGAUGACAUUGUCGUGCUCGGGGAGACGGUGUGGGAUGCGGAGAGAGUGCUCGGAGAGGACGCGGUCGAGGUCGUUGUCCUCGGGGGCGGGCACGAGAUUGCCAUUACCAAGGGGAGGGAGAUUGUGGGUGCCGUCGUUGCUGCGUGGGAGAGGAGGGCGUAG